AUUUAAUCUACAAGCACUUUUUGAUAGGAUAAACUAAGGAAUAUAGUCUCUGGUCUUCAAAACUGAAGUGAUUUUUUAAGAAGAAGAGUGUCACCGAACAUGGAAAAAAGGCGCAUAAAGAAAGAAAUUGAAAAAUUGCUGAAGCAUUAUAUUGGUACGAGACUUCGUGAAAACAGCUUUGAUCCCAAGGGAAAAGUGGAGUCAGUAGAGUCAACCUACUUCAAUGAUUUGGCACAUUACGAUUUGGCGAUCAAUGUUGCUUUGCUUUGGCUGAAUGAAGAAGAAGAUCAGAAAGUUCUUGAAAAUGAAAAAUUGGUAAUUUCACCUCGUGCUAGGUCGAACUACCCAAAUGAAAUGGAGCGAGAAGCAAUGAUACUCUCUUCCUUUGCUGGAAUUCUAAUGGCAAGUCACCUUCUAGAGUAG